CACGAGGAUUACUCUGUUACUCCUAGCUAUCGGUAGGAGGCUGGAAAAUUUGAUCCUGGGGUGUAUAUAAGAGCUCAAUGAAUACUUCCAUGUUUUAUGGGAAGCACGUAUGUGCGCAGCUUCACAUCAGACCCCCCCCCAGAUGACAGUGAUGAUAGUUGUCUCUGUGACAGUGCAGGCAGCGAUGAGGAAUAUUUACCCAAGCCAGGUUAUGAUGAGAGCAGCAGUGAGAGUGACAUGAGCAGCAGUGAAGAAGAAAAUGUUCCUAAGCCAGAUGGUGAUGGGAGCAGCAGUGAGGAGGAGGUUGUCACCACCAGUGGCCAAGCAGCAAGACAGAAGCAAAAGAGACCAAACAAAGAAAAAGUGGCGUGGAAGACUGUGAAACAGACUCAGAGCUCUGCAAAAAAUGUGCCCAUGUGGCAAGGUGCUCUCCCAGACAAUGUCUCAAGACUGCCUAUUGAAUAUUUCAGACAGUUUUUUGAUACUGAACUCUUAACUCUAAUUGUGAAUCAGAUUAAUCUGUACAGCACACAAGAAAAUCCAAAUCAUGCCUUGAAAUUAGACCAGAAGGAAUUGGAGCAGUUUAUUGGAACUGUUUUAUACAUGAGUGUUAUCCGCUUGCCUUGCUCUAGAAUCUACUGGUCUAAUGCAUGUCGUGUCGACCAGGUGGCCGAUAUGAUGCCCCGUGACAGGUGGGAAGAAAUUAAGCAUUGCAUUCAUUUCAGUGACAACACGGCACCCAACAACAGUGACAGGCUGUUCAAAAUUAGGCCAUUAAUUGAUUCCCUGCUCCCCAAAUUCCAAGCUCUGCCUCAAGAACAGAUGAUGUCAAUUGACGAACAAAUGGUGCCAUUCAAAGGCAGAUCUGUUCUAAAACAGUACAUCCUGAAAAAGCCGUACAAAUGGGGCUACAAAAUCUUUGUUUUGUGUGACACAAAAGGCCUGGUACACUCAUUUGAUGUUUAUGCAGGGAAAUCUAAUCCUCCACCGGGUUCACAAGACGUUGGGGCAAGCAGGAAUGUUGUGCUAAAACUUGCACAAGUUAUUGAAGGCUCUGUCAACCACCUGCUGUACUUUGAUAACUGGUUUUUCUCGCUCGAUUUGUUUGUAGCUCUUGCAAAGAGAGGGAUACCAGCCCUCGGCACUGUUUGGCAAAAUCGCCUGCGAGACUGCAGUUUCAGCAAAGAUGAAACACUCAAAAAGAAGGGAAAAGGGACAUUUGAGGAGCCAGUGGCGGUUUCUGAUAUGGGCGACAUGGGCAGCCGCCCAGGGCGGCAUUUCAUCUAGGGCGGCAUGACCGCCCCCCUCCCCCCAACG